AUGGGCCUCACCAUUUCAUCUCUUAAAUGCACAUGUGAUGAGGCCUACCUUAGUUAUCACAGUAAAAGGCAUGGGCCUCACCAUUUCAUCUCUUGUGUACUUGUACCUGAUCUUUUUCGUGGGGACCCAUGGAGCCAAAGCCGCCUCCAUACUGAAUUUGAGCCAUGGCUAAUACCUGAUCUUUUUCGUGGGGACCCAUGGAGCCAAAGCCGCCUCCAUACUGAAUUUGAGCCAUGGCUAACAAGCCAACUAGCAUCAAGGGUAGCAAAGGAUAUUGAUACAUCAGUCAAGUGGCUUGCCAAUGAAUUCACAGCAGCUGGAAUAUCGGAGAAGCUCGGUAUAAUUGGAUUCUGUUUUGGUGGUGGAAAGCUAAUUGAGACAUUGGCUCGGGAUCAGCACUCAAAAUUUGGCACGGGCGUCUGUUUCUAUGGAACACGGAUCGAUACAUCUUUAGCUAGAGACAUCAAGGUUCCUGUCCUGUUUAUAUGCGGGGAUAAGGAUCAUCUUUGUCCUCUUGGUAUAUUAGAGGAGGUGGAGAAGACAGUUGAGGGUUCGAGGGUAGUAAUCUACUCUGGAAGAGGGCAUGGAUUUGCUCAUCGGCCAGAAUCUCAGGAAGAAGAUGAUGAUGCGGAGAAUGCUUUUGCCAUUAUGAGGAGUUGGCUACAGGAUUGCUUGGUUUCGGUUAAGAACCGUAUUGUAUAACCUUUAAAAAGUUUUUAGAUGUUGUUUCAGUUAUAUGAAUAGGGUAGCGUUCAUGCUGUUGUUUAUUCUGUUCAACUUCUAGUUGUUUCUCACAUUC